AUUACAAAGUACAGUAUACUGCUUAGAAGACGCAAAGACGCGAAGCUAACGCGUUCCACGCAGACGUCGACAGCUGCCACCCGCGCUUGCAGAGCUGCUGUCGCGACCUACUGUCUUUAUGCUGCUUGUGUAAAGGGGUGUUUUAACUGAACCCGGCAGUCCCAGGCGACUGCGCUUUGAAAGGAUGCGGUCUUGGUCUACGCGAGGCCUUUUGCUCGCGCUUCUUGCAUCAGCGCUUGUUCCCAGAGCUCUAUCAGCGCCUGGGCUGAAGUUAUGGAUGAGGAAUGGAGUCUCUGUUCGCAACUACAAAGAUGAACUGGACAAGCCAGCGAUGGUGACUCGGCGGACUUUGGGCGAGGAGACUGCGUCAGGCGCACCGCCCGGCUACCUCUUCUGCCGCUUCUUCGGAUUGCGCCACAUCCUGGCAGCUUCCGACCGCACCAACGGCGGCCUGAGGCGCUGCCACACCUGCACCUUUGACGCCGACAGCUGCGUCGUGCUGUGCGCAUACUGCACAGACACCUCCGGCGACCCGACACCAUCGGAGGUUUCUCUGGAGCUGUCUCACUGCCGGCCGGCAGAGGGCGAGAUCAUAGCAGACACGGACGGCUACCUCAUGUGCCGCAUGGCCCCCAACCCGCCCGACACGCCCAUGCCGCCACCCGAGCCUCCCACCUACCCGCCGCCGCCGCCGCCGGUCGUGCCGGUCACACUAACCGGCACUGUGGAGGUGUACACGUCACACUUGCACAACAGCCCCAACCGUACGGCACCCUAUAUGUCGUAUGCGGUUACGUUUGCCAACGAGAGCACGGGCUACAGCCUGAAGGCCAGUUUCAGCCUGGGCUCGCUAGCGAACACAGCGGACGUCCAGACCGGUGACCGGUUGAGUUUCAAGGUGACGUCCGCGCCGCCCGGCGGCUCUGGGCGGCGGCACCUGCUCAGCAACUGCGACGAAGUCACCGGGCUGUGCUUCGACCCCACCGCGGCGGAGGGCAACGCCACCGCCUCGGGCAAGGACUUUGUUGUGGAUGGCAAGGCGGUCAACAUCACAUCCAUCGUCAUGCUGGCGACUGUGUGCGGCAACAGGCCCGGCAUCGACAUCACGAAGCUGCGCUCCACGCUGUUCAACCCCGACCAGUCCGCCGCCGUCAACAGCCGCAACGUGACGCUGCAGCACUACUACGCCACCUGCUCCUACGGCAAGGUCCAGUUCCGGCCCGAGAACAACCUGGUCACGGCGGUCAGCCUGCCCUGCACAGCGCUGUACCAGACGUCGUCGUCUGGUGUGCAGACCUGGUACAAGAGCCAGACCAGCUGCGACGCACCAGAGCUGUACGGCUGGAUGCGGGACGCACUGGCGCAGGCGCAGACGAACCUGGGCCUGGCCUCCACCACGCCCUACAAGCGCAAGGUGCUGUUCCUGCCCAACCGCCAGGCCUGCGACUGGCCGGGUAUGGCCAGUGUGGGCUGUGAUGCCUCCUGCAAUACCUGGAUCAACCAGAUGAGCAACACCAACGUGGACAUGCAGGUGCUGUUCCAGGAACUGGGACACAACAUCGGCCUGCAGCACGCCAACCGCUGGAUAGACGGCGUGAACCAGGAGUACGAGGACUUCACGGACCCCAUGGGAACAGGCUGGGUCCAAAAUGACGACUACCAGAACAAGACCAUGAUCUGUCUGGGCGCGGCGGAGGCCUACAAGGCUGGCUGGGUGCUGCCCGCCGCCUCCUUCAACCUGACUGAGGACCUGGUGCCCGGCUACCCGGUCACACUCAUACUGCCAUCCAUGCACGCGACUGACACCAACUUCCUGUACAUCAACGUGACCAGCCUGCCCGCCUACAAGCCCUCCUGGCCCGCCAACGCGCAGCCGCUCAACCGCACCAACCAGCUGUUUGUCAGCUACAGGGUGCGGCAGCCCGCGCCCGGCUUUGACUCGGGCCUGACGACCGACAUGAGCAAGAAGAUCUACAUCCACAACUUCAACGCCACGCUGCGGUCGCCGCCGCGGCCCGACCCGGGCGACGCCGCCAUGAAGACGUCGCUCAUUGCCAUCCUGGGCACCCGGGCCGGCUCCGUGCAGGGCAUGGACGUCAACACCGCAUUCAGGUUCGACUUCGGCCCUCUGGCGGGCGGCCGCACCUCCGUCAACGGCCUCCACAUCAAGCCGCUGUCGCUGGACGCCGCCUCCGCCACCCUCACCGUCUGCUACUUCGCGGUCGCCAAGGAGAGCGACGCGGAGGGCGGCUGCAGCAACGGGAUCGACGAUGACUGUGACGGCUACGCCGAUGAAGCGGACACGGACUGCGGCGGCGUGCGCUCCCCGCCGCCCGCCAAGUCUCCGCCUCCUCCUCCCCCCACCAAGUCACCCCCGCCGCCCCCACCCGUCAGAUCUCCCCCGCCACCUGUCAAGUCGCCGCCGCCGCCCAAGUCACCGCCACCGCUCAAGUCGCCGCCACCGCUCAAGUCACCGCCACCGCUCAAGUCGCCCCCACCGCCUGCCAAGUCGCCCGUGCCGCUGCUGACCUCGCCGCCCCCGCCGCUGGCGGCCGCCGUCAAGUCGCCGCCGCCGCCCAAGCCGCCCAAGAAGCGGCCUCCGCCUCCUCCAGGCGCCUCUGGGCACCACCGCCGCACCCAGCUGCUGGGUCAGCACCAGCACCAGCGCCGCCGCAUCCGCGCGGCGGUGUGAGGCGAUGAUGAGCGAGCGGCGUUGCCCUUACUUGCGUCUCUCACGGCCUGCUGCUGAUGCAGCAGCCGGCCGUCAGUAGGCUGUAGUGCGCGCCAACGCGCGUCAUUGUUGCUGCGACAUCUCGCGCAACUUACUUGUUAUGGGUGCCGCGGCCGGGCUACCUGGUGGUGAGAGGAUAUGGCUGGACACUGCGCCUACAAUAAUAAUGUUUGGGCAUGCAUCGCCCAAUGCAUUUGCGGAACCUAGGGUUGCAGUUGUUUGUUUUCACGACUUGGUGGCGUUGACGGCAUGACGUGGCUGCUGUGGGUUUUGCAGUUGGGGUCGAACAGUUGAGGACUCGCUUACCGUGUUGCGGGCGUGAGCGGGGGCGGCGGAGUGCGCGGUUGACGCACUGUCCGGUGUCCACAACCCCAAUCAAGACCAGACCGUGAUGUGGAAUGAAAUGCGGAAUUGCAUUCUUACUGCCCGCUAAAGCGGCAUGUUGCACACUGUGUGCACUUUUUGUAACGCGCCCGGGCAUCGUGCGUUUGCCGGCAUGGGUACAUGAGGUUGAGUGUGUGCGGCAACCAUCCCUGGCAGGACAGGUGUGUACCUCUCUCUGUGUGCGUGCGUGCGUACGUGUGCGUUUUUCUGUGCUUGUGCCGGCGGCGGCAGUGGACCGACUGCCGCUCCAUGCGGGGUGUCUGGUCCCACGUCUGGUCCUAACGUGGGCGCCAGUGUACAUACGUUUCCACACGGGUCAGACUGCCUAUCUUGCGCCUUUCGUCCUUGCAACAUACAUGCACUUAUUAGAAUUCAUGACGUUGUUUGGUUGGGGCGCGCGCGGUGCCAUGACUGGGACGAAGCGCCUACGUAGUUGCAGCCAGGUGCUGCGAGUACAUUGUUGGUGCACUUUUUGACAACAUUACUUGCGAUGUGAGCGUUGCCAGGAUUACUGCUGCGGUGCUGCCCAUCCAUGUAUGGUAGCCGUACUGUUGCUGUCAAAGAAAGAUGUAUGUGCAUCCCUGCGCCCCAAUUAUUACUGUAAUGCUUCAGACGG